UACAUUUCUACGUGAGCGUUCUGCAACGCUGUGCCCUGCUGAACGGGGCUCAGGAUUAGGCAACGUUUGCAUCCUAUCCUUCCAGACAGAAACACUGCGCCAACUGCAAGGUGUAACUGGAGCGGCUGUUGAGUUGAAUGGAGUUCAAUCGACCCAAAGCUCCAGGGGGAGGGCCUGGAGAUGGAGAGGGAGGACAAGUUGUCCUGAGCACGCUGGAUGUACUCCAGACUGGGAGGAGUGAACAGAAGCUUGAAGAGCAUGGAGGGCUGGGAGGGCUGUCUUCAACCGACACCACUAACGCAGCCAAGACGGACCCCAGAGCCCCUGCAGGACGAUCUGGAAAGGUUGACUUGUACUCAUUCCACAGCUGCCCAUCUUCAGACAGCGAGGAGGAGGAGAAAGGCAAGAAGGAAAAGAAAAAGAAGAAGCUGAAGAAGAAGAAGAGGAAGAAGAAGGAUUCCAGUUCAUCCUCUUCCUCCUCCUCCUCCUCUGACAGCAGCUCUUCAGACAGUGAAGAUGAGAAUAAGAAGAAGAGGAAGAAGAAGAAGGCAAAGAAAGAAGGUUCUGUGGAUACUAUAGUACAUGAUGCAGCCUCCAUAUGUGAGCCUGGGCUUGAAGGCGUCACUGAUCUAAACGACGAGGAAACAAAGAAGAAAGAGGAUAACUCAGGCUCGGACAGUGAAGAGGACAAGAAGAAGAAGAAGAAGAAGAAGAAGAAGAAGAAGAAGGUAUGUAUUGAUUCCAGCUCCUCUUCUUCAUCUUCCAGCUCAUCCUCCUCCUCAGACAGUGAGGAGGAGGAUAAGAAGAAGAAGAAGAAGAAAGAAAAAGAAGAAGAAGAAGUCUCAUGA